GGUGAACUACGAAAGGGGGUUGUUGUCGCUGUGAAGAGGAUGUAUGUGAACGAACACACUGUUAAUGACGUGGCAUUUCGUCGGGAGGUUAAAAGUCUGAUGAAGAUCAAUCAUCAAAAUGUUGUCCGGUUUCUUGGCUUCUGCUCUAGUGCACGUCAGAUUUACAAAAAAGUGGACGGGUCAACAGAUCCUAACUUCAUCAACGUAAGAGAAAGAUUGCUCUGUUUGGAGUACAUCAACAAUGGUAGUCUUGAUAAGCAUAUUAAUGAUGAAUUAAGGGGACUUGAAUGGGAAACACGUUAUGACAUAAUCACCGGAAUUUGCAAGGGUCUGACUCAUCUCAAUGAAAAUAAUAUUAUUCAUAUGGACCUUAAACCGGCAAACAUAUUACUCGAUGAUCAUAUGAUUCCAAAGAUCACUGAUUUUGGUUUGUCAAGACCAGAUGAAAACUCACAUACUACGGGUCAACGUUUUGGAACACGAGGAUAUUUUGCUCCAGAAUACGAGAAGUUUGGCAAAACUUCAUUUGAGUGUGACAUAUAUAGUUUGGGUAUCAUAAUCAUAGAAUUGGUAACAGGGCGUAAGGGCACUGCUGAAAAGGAGAAAGUACUUCGAAGGUGGAGACACAGGUGGAAUAAGCCACCAACAUUGCCGCAAUACCACCAAGUAACUAGAUGCCUUGACGUAGCAGUACGCUGUAUGGAAGAAGAACCAGGACAUAGACCUUCUAUAUCGGAAAUAAUCAGAAUUCUGAGUGAAACUGCAAGGACGGAUGGGCACAUUGGCCAGGAAAGCACUUAUUUGGAUGAUGACAUGCUUCGUAUUGAGCCACUCGAGCUUAAGCAUAACCAGGAGAUGUCAUGGUCAGUGAAGAUAACCAACAAGACAAACGCAUGUUUUGCCUUCAACAUUAAAGGACCAAGCAAGCAGUACAACAUAUAUCCAGACAAAGGCAUUGUGACAGCAGGAUGCAAUGGGUGUUUUGUUAAAAUAACAGUGAGGGCAUCACAAGUUACACAGAAUGGGGACAGGUUCAUCGUACGGAGCACAAAAGUGAGUCAGGGUCUUACACCUGAGGAUAUCACUGAACAUGUAUUCCAUGAAGAGCCUCCCAGUAAAGUGGUCGAUGAGGUGGAUUUGAUCAUUUUAAAUGAGACUACGGACUUUCUAGAAAAUAUCAGGAGUAGAGAAGACACAAACAUGUCAGCUGAGGAAGUCCAUGAGGCAAAAAGGUGGAAAAUUGCUGAGUCUGUUUCUAGGAAGGGCAAAAUGAAAGUUUGUUGCAGCGAAAAUGAAGAGGCAACUUCCAAUGACAUCAAUUCAAGUGCGCGAGGACAAUCUACCAAGCAAAAAGAGCAGUUUAAUUUGCACCCACUACAAAGCUUUUCACGCAAUUAUCCUACCAACUUGAGAUACCUCGAGAAUUCAAACAACCGAGCCGUGGAUCUCCGAACGGGGGCUAUGGGAAGUCUGCUCGACAAGAUGGGCAAGCUCCUUGGGGAGGACAACAGUCUAGAGGAUAACAUCAAGAAGGAUAUCAAGUCUUUUUCAGAAAAGCUGAGGAAGAUGGACCAAACCCUCCGCAAGUUGGGAAAGCUUGAUGGUGUCAAGAUUUGGGUUGACCUAGUGAGGGCAUUAUCAUACAAUAUAGAGGAUAUGGUGGAUGGCUUCCUCGUGCACGUCGAGCCUCUCCCUAGCAGUGGCUUCAGGGAGCUCAAGAAUGAGGGGCUAAAGCUUUGGAAGAAUGGCAUGAUCGCCCACCAUAAGAUUGGUGAUGUGAUCAGAGACAUCAAGAACCAAGUCCAGGAGGUUGCCAACAUGCAGGAGAAUUAUAAUUUUGAUGUCAGUAAUAUUGUAGCAAAUGCCACUACGAAAGCUGUCAUUAACAUUCGAAUUUCAGCUAGAUAUGUUGACGAAGGACAACUCAUUAGGAUCGAAGCACGAAGAGGUGAGCUAAUAAGUCUGUUUGAUAAGGACGGUGAUGUACCCAAUGAAAACCUCAAGAUAGUCUCUAUCGUCGGAAUGGGAGGAUUGGGCAAAACUACUCUUGCAAAUGCAGUGUAUAAGAAGAUUGAAGCAGAGUACCGCUAUAGAGCUUUUGUUUCUGUUGGCCAGAAUCCUGAUGUUGAGAAAGUUUUGAAGAACAUUCUUUCUAAACUAGUAAUGGAUUUCAAUGCAGCAAACUUGGAUGAGUGGCAGGUCAUUGAUAAACUCCAAGAUUUGCUCAACAACGAGAGAUACCUCAUAGUAAUUGAUGAUGUAUGGGAUUCAUCUUCAUGGAAUAUUAUUAAAUCUGCUCUUCCAAGAAACUGUUAUGGCAGUAGAGUGAUAACAACAACAAGGAUUGAACAUGUUGCUCUUGCUUGUUGCAAUUUUGACAUAAAAUAUGUUUAUAAGAUCAAGGAACUCAGUGUCGAAGACUCAAAAAGUCUAUUAUUUAGCAGAAUAUUUGGAACUGACAAAGGUUGGCCUCUUACACCCAAAAUAGAAGAGAUUUCCAUUAGUAUUCUGAAGACAUGUGGUGGUAUGCCACUUGCUAUUAAUAGUAUAGCAAGCCUUAUAGCUUGCGAUAAGUCAGAGCCUAACUGGGAAUAUGUAUGGAAAUCCUUGCAUGGUAUGGUUGAAGGAAAUACUGGUCUUGGAAAUCUCGAGCACAUAUUGGAUCUUAGCUACAUACAUCUUCCUGAUCCUCUCAAGGCAUGUCUGCUUUAUGUGAGCAAGUAUCAAGAGGAUCAUGAGAUAGAUAAAAAUGAUUUGUUGAGGCAAUGGGUGGCUGAAGGUUUCGUGCCUGUGAAUAAUAACAGUGUGUUGGAUGCAGAGGACAUUGCAGAAGACUACUUCAAAAAGCUCAUCAGCAUGUGUUUGAUCCAGCCGGUUAACACAGACUACAACAAUGAAGUGUUGUCUUGUAAAGUACAUGAUAUAGUCCUUGACCUGAUGAGAUCCAAGUCAACUGAAAUGAAUUUUAUUCAUGCAAUUGAUCAUUUGAAAGAUGUGACAGGGGAGAUCCGUAGAGUCUCAGUCUCAGUCUCAUCACGUAACAGAGAUGAUGAUACAAAAAUUAUGGAAUUAAUAAAUAAAAAGUCACUGUCACAUGUCCGGUCAGUCUUGCUUUACCAACACUCAGCUGAGAGCGUGUCACUUUUGCCCGGUUUUCUGGAGUUGAAGUAUCUCCGAGUUGUAGAGCUUGAAGACUUCAGUUAUGUAAACAAGGAUCUAAACCUCACCAGUAUUAGUGGGUUGCUUCUCCUAAGGUACUUAAAGGUUGUUUCCCAUCGUUUUAAACAUUUGAAGUUACCUAAUCAAAUAGGGGAGCUGCAACAAUUGGAGACAAUAGAACUUAGGGGCUUUUCCCUGAAAACUUAUCCAUCAGAUAUUAUUAGUCUUCCCUGGUUAUCGCAUCUCGAAUAUAGAAAUGUUGGUUCUUGUGUAGUCUUGCCUGAGGGGAUCGACAGGCUGAAAUCCCUGCGCACCCUGGUAGGUGUAGAUGUGUAUACAAGCUCAGUAAAAAAUAUCUAUGGCCUCAGCAAGCUGACCAAGUUGAGAAAACUUGACAUUGGUUUAAGCACGAAUAUUGAAGAUAACGAAGCGAACAAUACGCGUACAGCUGCCUUGCACUCUUCUAUCUCCAAGCUUUCCGCCAGCCUCAGGAUCUUUACUUUGGCAAAUGAAAAUUGGAAAAUAGAAGAUGUCCGGGGCUGGAGCAGCACACCAUUAUUCCCUGCAGGUUCUCAUAUUCGGGAGCUUGAUCUGCGGUCCUGCAAUUUUGAAACUUGCCCGGAGUGGAUUGGUCAGCUCUACGGCCUCACCAGCUUAAGAAUUAGUGUGCGGGAGGUUGCUGACGGUGUCAGUAUUGUUGCAAGUUUGCCUUCACUUGUCGUCUUCCAUUUGGAUUGUGCUCUUAUAGCUGGGGAAACGGAAGAACGUGUUGUCAUCUCUGGCAAUGACUGGGCAUUCAAAGCACUCAAGCACCUGAGAUUCCAUUGUGCAUUGGCUCCAGUCACCUUUGAAGCAGGGGCUAUGCCCUUGCUAGAGAAGCUUCAAAUGUUGUUCCGUUCUGACAUGACUCCCCAAUUCUUACCGUCUGGCAUCAAGCACUUGCCAUCUGGUACCCUCAAACAAAUUAAUUUAGAAGUAACUUCUUUAGGGAGGAUUGGAGACCUAAAAAAUUGGGAAACUCGGAUGGAUUCUUAUGAGGCCAAAUGGGAAAAAGAAAUAAGAAAGUUGAGGCCCAUGUUGAAGAGAGAAUUCGAGAAGCACCAUGGUGGGGCCUACAUUGUCUUUGACAAUGAAGAAGAAUAUGAAAAACAUGAUGAAGUAGAAGAUGAGGGUGUUAAUGAUGAAGAAGAUUAUGAGGAAGAUGAUGAUGAAACAGAUGAGGACGAUGUUGACGAAGAAGAAGAUGAGGCAACUUAUCAAGAGAAUGGAUCUCAAACUCCAUUGUAACACAAGGCAAUUUAUUCAACUAAUAGAGGUGCAGCAAGAUUCAAAUGCGAUGAGCAUUACUACUGAUGCACCUACAAUGGUGGACACGUCGUUGCAUCUUGUCGUUGCAUCAGAGGGGCAGCAAAGCAGACACGGUAAUGGUUUUUCAGAAGAUGUUGACAAUGAAGGUAAGGAGGGUGUUGAUAAAGAGGAUGCUCAUCAAGUGAAUGAAUCCCAAACUUCAGCACAAGACCAGUCUGACACAAGGCAAUUAGUUCAGCUACUUGAGGCGCAACAAGAUUCUGGUAGGAUGAGGAUUAAUAUUGAUGUGCCUCAAUUUCUGGACACGUUGCUGCAUCUUGCGAUCAGGUCAGAGGUGCAACAAAGUGGAUUCCAUCAAGAUUUUGCCAUUUUGGAAUCCCUGCAGCUACCUUUUGCACAUCAGCUUGCCCCUUCUUCGCCUUCCUCCCUUCACCUGAUACUAGCGCUAGUCCCUCUGCAUUGUAUUCCUCCAUUGGCAAACAUUCCUGUUGGUAUCAACAAUGAUUUUGUAGUUCAUCAGCGUAACAAUGAUUAGUGGUGGAAAUUAUCAUUGUGGUGAAGAAGAUGAUGGAGCUGCUUAUCAAGGGAAUGGAUCCCAGGCUUCAGCACAAGGCCAUUUGUAGAGCAGAUUGAGCCACAGCAAGAUUCUGGAGGAUGAGCAUUGAUACUGAUACGGCUCCGGCGGUGGACACGUCGCUGCAUCUUGCCGUCAGAUCGGAGGGGCGGCAAAGUGGGCACACUCACAUUUCUUUAAAUGGGUCCUGUUAAUGCAGCACUACUUAUGGAUUAAAAAGACAGAGUGGUGUUUGCUGUACAUGUUGCAUCGAUCUACUGUACUUAUUUGAUCAUUAUGUAUAGUUAUU